AUGUUAUUGGGCGAUGCCCUUAACAUGCGACAUCCGCUUACCGGCGGUGGAAUGACUGUCGCUCUGACUGACGUGGUCAUUAUUCGUGACGUCCUUUCGCCCGAGAAGGUGCCUUCUCUCAAAGACACACGGCUGGUAUUGAAGCAACUCCAGGAGUUCCACUGGCUCAGAAAGAAGUCCUCAAUGGUCAUUAAUAUCCUGGCGCAAGCUCUGUACUUGCUUUUUGCUGCCAAUGAUGAUUCUCUCUAUGCUCUUCAGCGCGGGUGCUUCCGCUACUUCCAGAACGGUCCUAAAUGCACCGACGAGCCCGUGCUCAUGCUCGCGGGUCUUUUGAAGCAGCCCUCCGUCCUCAUCUCCCACUUCUUCACCGUCGCCUUCCUCUCCAUCCGGGUCCAACUCUCCGCCACCCCUUGGUCCCAACUCUACAUGUUCCCGAUCAAUUCCAUUCAAGUGUUCUGGAAAGCCUGCGUCGUCAUCCUGCCUUUCCUCUACGCUGAGCUCACGAGUUGA